CUUCCGGCGAGGGAAAGCGACAGAGGAGGAAGUGGUCCUCCAGUAUCCCAGCCUGCACCGCGAAGCGAGCGGCGUCUUGCCUCUCCCUCCUUCCCUGAGCGGCUGGCCGCCAUGUUGGGCUAGUUCUGUGUUCGGCGUCGGUGGUGAGAGACGCAGGAAGGCCUUCCCCGCGACGUCGCUGUCGUUCUCGCCAUGGCAGCCGCCUUGGGGGCAGGAGGAGCAGGAGGAGGAGGCGGUGGCGCAGAUGAUGACUUUGAUCAGUUAGAUAAGCCUGGUGCAGAGAGAUCUUGGAGGAGAAGGACCGGAGAUGAUGACUGGGACAGUGAAUUAGAUGAUGACUUGCUAGGAGAAGAUUUGCUGACUGGCAAAAAGACUCAGUCAGACAUGUCAGAUGAAGAACUGAAUGAUGAUCUCCUACAGAGUGACAAUGAAGAGGAACAACAGUUCAGUGCGCAAGAUGUUGCUGUUGGUCUUAAUGCUACUUCUGGAAUGGUUACAUCCUUUGAACUGUCUGAGAGAGCCAACAAUACUUCGAUUGAACAAGAUUCAGAGUAUGAACAAGGGGAGGAUGAACUGGGCUAUGACAAGUCAGAAGUGACUGAAGAAUAUGCUGAGGAGUACACAGAAGAAGGACAGUAUGAAGGCCAAGAGACCGAGCUGACUGAAGACCAAAUAGAAUAUGGGGAAGAUCAGGGAGAGGAAGAGAUUUAUAAUGAUGAAGUGUUAGAUCUCGAAAUCAAUGAACCUCUAGAUGAAUUUCCUGAUGAAGAGUAUAUGCAGUCUUACAGUGAACAGCAAGUCAUUGAACAGCAGGAAUAUGUUGCUGAAGAGGAGCUGGAAGAGGUUGCCGCUGCUCAGACGCCUCCCAAUGAAUCAGAAGAGCAGGUGGCUAUUGAAAAUUUGGAGCUUCAAGAAGAAACUAAAGAAGAAUCUGAUGAGGAAGAAGAUGAUGAUGAAGAGUCUGGUCGACUCCGUUUUAAAACUGAAAGGAAGGAAGGAACAAUCAUUAGGCUUUCAGAUGUAACAAGAGAACGAAGAAACAUUCCAGAAACUUUGGAGCUUUCAGCUGAAGCCAAGGCAGCAUUACAUGAAUUUGAAGAGCGGGAAAGACAAAUGAAGCAGGGACGCUACGGCUCACGGAGAGGAGGAAGGCGAGGAGGGCCUUUAAUGUUUCGUGGAAUGGGAGAACAAAGGAGAGACAACAAUGACAGGGGAAGAAUGAAGGAUCACAGACCUGCGCUGCUGGCGACUCAGGCAGCUGUUAUGACGCAUUCAGACAGGAUCUUUCGUCAUCAGCAACCCAUUAGGAACCUCUUCCAGCAGCAACAGCAGCAGCAACAGCAGUUACAGGGUCUGCUACCCAUUCCUUCUCAGCAUCACACACCACCCCCUCCCCCUCAAGGGAUUCAUAUGCCACCCCAGCUAGAAACACCAAGGAUACUGAUGACUCCUCCUCCAGUGGCAUCCCAGCAGCCAAAAAACAUACACAUAAAUCCACACUUCAAAGGGACUGUAGUCACCCCUGUGCAAGUGCCCUUGCUGCCAGUCCCCACCCAGCCAAGACCUGCUGUAGGACCCCAGAGAUUUCCAGCCCCUCCAGAUUUUCCGCCGAACCCCCCUGGCCCUGUGCCUACUAACUUCAACCAAGCCCCGAGACUCUCCCUCCAGGAUCAGUGGAGAGGGCCACCGCCUCCUCUGCCACCACCACCUCCGCAGGACAGAGAGCCUUUCUUCAUGGGAGAUCCAAGGUUUCCCAACCAUCCCUUGUUUGAACAGCGGAGUCCACCUCCUCCACCUCCUCCUCUCCUUAACAGCACACACCCUGUUCCGGGCCAAAACCCACUUGCUUUUGCUCAGCCUGGACCAGGUUUCAAUCAGCAGGGGCAACAGCCCAUGUUUCCCAGGGACAGGAUGGUGAGGCCUAACCUCCAGCCACAGGGCCCAGUGGGAGUCCUUCACUUCAACCAGCCUGGAGCAUCAAAUACUCGGCCUUUCCUUCCUCCUCGACAGCCGUUCGUACAAGUCCCAGGGCAGCCAUUCUUGACAGCUCUCACGCAGCCCAAUAUGCAGGUAUGGCGUUAUAAGGGUCCCUUGCACCCACCUUUGCCGCAACACCAGCAGCACCCGCAGCUACCACAACAGCAUCAGCACCAACAACCGCCGCCUCCGCACCCCCAGCAUCAGCAGCAUCCUCCACCACCACAGCAGCAUCACCAGCAGCAUCAGUCCCACCAGCAGCAGCACCACCUCCUUGCUGUGCCUCCUCAGCCUCUGAUUUCGGUUGCCCCGUCCCAGUUUAGGCCUCACAUGCAAACUGCUCAGCAACAGUCAAACAGCAACCGAAUGCAGUGCCAGCAACGGCAAGGUCUGGUAAAGGCCAGGCAUAAUGCACCAACACAAAAUAUUGCAAAGCGUCCAAAUCAGCAGCUCCAGCCGCCUGCUCAGAGGAACAGUAACUUGCGUGAACUACCAAUCGCACCUUUGCACGCAAUCGAAGCUGUGAGCAACCACCGAACCUCAACGCCUGCUGCUCAAGUGAAACCCAUUGCCAGCACCACCCCUGCAGUAAGGCCUGUUCCAGCCAUGAAGAAUGAGCAGGGAAAAACUGAGACAAAACCCAAAGUUGUUACUCCUGUAGCACAGCCUAAAGUGGAACCAAAAUCUGAGCAAGAGCUUCCCGAAGAAGAUGAAGAGACCCGACUUUACCGCUUGAAGAUAGAGGAGCAAAAGCGUCUAAGAGAAGAGAUCCUUAAACAAAAGGAGCUCAGGCGACAACUUCAGGCCGGUGCUCGAAAAAGAGAGUUGCUCGAAAGGCUGGCCCAGCAGCAGCCUCAGCAGCCGCAGCAACAACAACAGCAGCAACAGCAGCAGCCGCAGCCGGGUUCUUCAGUACAACAUCAGGAGGAGGAGACAUCACAGUCACCCACCAAUGGAAAUCCACUGCUUCCCCUCCCUGGUGCACCACCCCGCCAAAAUGUGAAAUACAGGCUGAUGGGUAAAAAACAAGACCCAUUAAUUCCCAACCCACCUGCUGUUCAGCCUAAGCCCACAAAUAUUCUGCAGGCCGGAGAUAACGCACAGUUUCAAGGACAGCAAAUAAAAACAGUGAAGCAGCUCAGACAGACUAGGACGGUGCCCGAAAACGAACUCCCGUCCCCAUAUAAAGGGCUGCAAACCAGAUCUGGUGGAGUGCACUUGAUGAACCCAUCUCAGAUUGCGCGGGUGGCAUCGGUACAAGGCCAACCUCAGGAGCUGAAACCUGGGGUGAAAAGGACUGUCAUGCAGCGGGCAAACAGUGGUAGUGGAGAUGGGCCCCAUGUCGGCGCCAAAGUCAGGGUGAUUAAGUUGUCAGGAGGGGGCGGUGAGAACGUUGGCUUUCCUCACUUGGAAGGGCCUCCCCUCCGACUCCAGCAGCUCCCAGAACAGAGGCAUCAGCCAGUCCGGAAAGUCACCCUGACGAAGGGGACAGUGCAGCAGCCGCACCAGCUUCACCCUCACCCUCACCCUCACCCUCACCUUCAUCCUCAUCAGCUGGCGCAGAUCCAUUCAACACUUCCUCCUGGGCUGAAAAACAUCCCAGGAAUACAUCAGGCAAAAAAGGUCAUUCCUCACGGGAGAGGCCGAGGCCUGGCAGGCCAGAUGGGCCGAGGACGCUUGAUGCCAAAUAAACAGAACCUGCGAGUGGUAGAGUGCAAGCCUCAGCCCUGCGUUGUGUCAGUUGAAGGGCUUUCUUCGUCAACCACCGAUGUCCAACUGAAAAACCUGCUGAUGUCGGUAGGACCCAUUCAGAGUUUACAGAUGCUUCCUCAGCAACGAAAGGCUAUCGCAAAGUUUAAAGAACCAUCUGACGCUUUAAAAUUUCAACAAAGGUUUCACAGGCAUAUGAUAGAUUUGUCCCACAUCAACGUGGCCCUGAUAGUGGAGUGACAUGCUGAACGUGACUGAUCCACAUGUUUCCAGAAGCACGAUAUGGAGGAAGUCACGAGAAUGGGAUCUCUCCCUGUGGUCCCCAGUGUCAGCUUUGCAGUGUCCCUUUCAGACUUCAGACUGCCCUGAACAGCAAUGCUGCAACGGAGGCUGAGCGUUCAAGGAUCGAGAAUGGAGAGAUUUUCUCUUGGCUUUCUUUUAACUGUGUUGAACACAGAACCUGCUGGUCCUGAGCACGAACCUUUCACGCAGGUGUCUUUCUUUCAGAAGAGGCACCACGUGAUCACACUGACUCAGACGAAAAGAACACUAACUUUGAAUUUAAAAAAAAUCUUUCUUCAUGG